UGACAUCAGAGCGACGCGGAGGUCAGAAACCCUCUCUUACAGCCAUCUUGGAUCCUGUGCCCUGAUCUUUCCAGAAUGCCAGGCGAAGCCACAGAAACUGUCCCUGUUACAGAGCAGGAGAUGCAGCAGCCACAGGCCGAGACGGCCACACCUGCUGGUCCUGUACCUCCCCCUGUUCCUGUGGCCCCUGUUCCCUCUCAGGCAAAGCCUAAAGAGGCCAAGACUAACCCCAAGCUGUCAACAUCUCACACCUCUGCUCCAAAAGCUGUUCCUGCUGGACGCAGGAAACGCUCCUCUCUUUCUGCCUCCUCAAGCUCCCCCACCUCUCCAAAAUCUGCCUCUGGCCCUCGUGCUACCCCACCAUGCUCCCCCCUGGCUUCUCCUCCAGCUGACUCUCCAGUCACUGGGAAAACUGUUCCCAAGGUUAUUAAGGCUGGCAAACAGGGAAAGCAACAAAAAGCAAAAUAUUUCAAACCUGCCGAACAUGAGCAAAUGGUUGCAUCUCCCUCCGCCACUAAGCAUGCUCAAGAGCCUACACCAGUUGCAACUCUGCAGUCUCUUGCUAUACCAGCACCAGAGGUAGCAAAACCAGCUGAAUAUUCAGCUGAUUCCCCUGUCUCCCCCAAAGUUGCUUUGGCUCCUGUGGCUUUUAAAAUAACCUCCAAGCCUGCUGCACCUGCUCCCAAAUCAUUUACAGCAGACAUGGCUUCCAGUCCACCCAAAGUGGCUGAAACUCCCAAGGUUACCAUUGACGUACCAAAAGAAGCAACUGCUGCUGUUUCGCACCCCAAGAGUUCUACACCUCCAAAAGCAGCAGCUAAGCCUGGCCCUGCCCCAGUGGCAGAUGUAAAGCCAGCUCUGGCUGCUUCUGUUAGCAAAGCAAAAUCUCCAAAAGAUAAGCCAUUUGUGCCCCCCCCAAAGCCUGCUCCCUGGGUUGUGCCAACAUCUUUACAAGAUGAUGAUCUCCCACCACUCAUACCACCUGAGAAUCCUGUUACAAUGCCUCUUUUCACACCCAUGCCACCUAGCACAAUCCCUGUAGUUACCCCAGCAGCUUUUAACACUAAGCUUGUCCCUACCAAUAAGGAACCUGCUCCUAAGGUUGAUGCUGCUCCUGCCACUAAAGUUGAGGCUGCUCCUGCCCCUAAUGUUGAGGGUGUUUCUAAAGCUGAGGCUGCCACUAAAGCUAAGCCAGCCCCUGCUGCUAAAGUUGAGGCAACUGCUACCUCUAAAACUAAGCCAACACCUGCCUCUAAAACUAAGCCAGCACCUUUCCCUAAAGUUGAGGCAGCUCCCGCCCCUAAUGUUGAGGGUGAUCCUAAAGCUGAGGCUGCCACUAAAGAUAAGCCAGCCCCUGCUGCUAAAGUUGAGGCAACUGCUACCUCUAAAACUAAGCCAGAACCUUUCCCUAAAGUUGAGGCUGCACCCGCCCCUAAAGUUGAGGCUGCACCCGCCCCUAAAGUUAAGGCGGCUCCCGCCCCUAAUGUUGAGGGUGCUCCUAAAGCUGAGGCUGCCACUAAAGCUAAGCCAGCCCCUGCUGUUAAAGUUGAGGCAACUGCUACCUCUAAAACUAAGCCAGAACCUUUCCCUAAAGUUGAGGCUGCACCCGCCCCUAAAGUUGAGGCUGCACCCACCCCUAAAGUUGAGGCGGCUCCCGCCCCUAAUGUUGAGGGUGCUCCUAAAGCUGAGGCUGCCACUAAAGCUAAGCCAGCCCCUGCUGCUAAAGUUGAGGCAACUGCUACCUCUAAAACUAAGCCAGCACCUUUCCCUAAAGUUGAGGCUGCUCCCGCCCCUAAAGUUGAGGCUGCUCCCGCCCCUAAAGUUGAGGCUGCUUUCGCCCCUAAACCUAAGCCAACCCCUACCUCUAAAAAUAAGCCUGCUCCCGCCCCUAAAUCUGAGCCAACCCCUGCCCCUAAAGUUGAGGCUGCUCCUGCCCCUAAAGUUGAGGCUGCUCUCGGCCCUAAACCUAAGCCAACCCCUACCUCUAAAAAUAAGCCUGCUCCCACCCCUAAAGAUGAGGCUGCUCCCGCCCCUAAAUCUGAGCCAACCCCUGCCUCUAAAGUGGAAGCUGCUCCCACCCCUAAAGCAAAGGCUGCCUCUAAAGAUACGCCCGCUCCUAAAGUGGAGGCUGCUCCCGCACCUAAAGUGGAGGCUUCUCCCGCCCCUAAAGCAAAGGCUGCCUCUAAAGGUGAGGCUCUUCCAGAUGCUGCUCAUGAAGCUGAGCCUGUCCCUGCCCCAUUUCCCAUACCAGUUAAACCCCCAUCCAUACUGGAGCCAGUCAUCAGCAACAACAAGGGGUCUGGUACUGAAUCUGACAGUGAUGAAUCUGUUCCUGAUCUGGAGGAACAGGACUCCGCACAGACACAAACGCAACAGGCACAGCUUGCAGCUGCUGCUGAAAUCGAUGAGGAACCUGUCAGCAAAGCAAAACAAAGCAGAAGUGAGAAGAAAGCCAGAAAGGCCAUGUCUAAAUUGGGUCUGAGACAAGUUGCAGGCGUUACCAGGGUAACCAUUCGCAAGUCUAAGAACAUACUCUUUGUCAUCACCAAACCAGACGUCUACAAAAGUCCAGCUUCAGAUACAUACAUUGUCUUCGGUGAGGCCAAGAUUGAAGACCUGUCCCAACAAGCUCAGUUGGCAGCUGCAGAGAAGUUCAAGGUCCAAGGAGAAGCUGUUUCAAACAUUCAGGAAAACACACAGACGCCUACAGUACAGGAGGAGAGCGAAGAGGAAGAGGUUGAUGAGACCGGAGUGGAAGUCAAGGACAUUGAGCUGGUCAUGUCACAGGCUAAUGUGUCCAGGGCAAAGGCUGUGCGUGCACUGAAGAAUAACAAUAAUGACAUUGUCAAUGCUAUUAUGGAAUUGACGAUGUAAAUGGAGAUCAGGGACUGGGUCACAUUAAGAUGUUGCUGAUUUGAUCUACACUAUUGUUUGUACAAUUUAUACCCAAGAGAAAUAAAGGUGUGGUUUGAUGAAAUUA